CCGAGCCCCUGCGCCAUGAAGCUCGCCACCGCCCUCCUGGGGCUCUGCGUGGCCCUGUCCUGCGGCUCCGCUGCUGCUUUGUUUGUGGGUUCGGCCAAGCAUGUGGCCCAGCCUGUCACUGAGCUGGAGUCGGGAGCAGAGGCCGCGGCCGGGACCCUGGCCAAGCCCCUCGGCACCACGGCCGACCCCCUCGGCACCCUCAACGCCGUCGGCACCCUCAACCCCCUCGGCACCCUCAACCUGCUGAAACGCCUGCUGGCAAGCCUGGGCAUCCCCGUGAACCACCUCGUAGAGGGCUCCCAGAAGUGUGUGGCUGAGCUGGGCCCCGAGGCCAUGGGGGCACUGAAGACCCUGCUGGGGGUCCUGACGAUGUUUGGCCGAGCCGAGACUGGAGCAGCUACACCUGAGAACAAGACGCUGCCCACCCGCGGGGGCUGAAAAUCCCACUGUGGGGCGGACCGUCCCGUCCCCUUCCCCGGCCCCUCUCAAUAAACGUGGUUAAGAGCA